AUGUCGUCAAGAUUUGCAUUUUUUCUCCUCGCCAUUUUUAUCGCGACAUGUUUGGCGAAAAAGAUUCGACCCCCGCGACCACCGCAGCAUAAAGUGGUGGCAGAUUUGAAAUCCGUCGACUUUCUUUUCACGGCAACUUCACCCAAAACUAUACAUGCGCAUUCGAGCUAUCCGGUCAUUCUUUCUGUGGAGAGGUCACUGGGUCAGGUCGAUUUUGAGGUCAGGAUCACAAACUGUCCGAAUCCGAAUGAGGAUCAGCAGGAUUGGGUGGCUCCUGGUGGAGUAUUGAAGAAAGCGAGGAAUAAAACCUUGGUGGAAACGCUGGCGAAAGGUCACGCCACCCUCGAACCGGAAACGAGCACGAUUCUUCAGCUCAACGUGGAAUCUCUGCUUAUCGACGAAGUUUAUAAUAGUCAUUCCGUAAUUAUCCAAACUGACAAACCAAUCUACAAACCGGGGGAAACGGUCCAAUUCCGUGUCCUUUUUUUGGAUCGAUUUCUAAAACCUGUCCCGGUAGAUUUGGAGGCGAAAAAGGUCAUCAUUCACAUUUACGACAGCGAACGAAACAUCGUGAAGUCUUGGACGGGACGGGAGAUCCCAUUUCAGAAAAAGUUUGGUUUCGUCAAGGGUUCUCUCACCUUGUCGAAAGAGCCAAAUUUGGGCGACUGGAGUGUCGAAGUUGUGUCGAAAGGGGGCUCAAUCGACGAGGGGGAAGAAGAGAAGGAAAGUCGCAGCUUUUCUGUGGAUCAAUACGUCCUCCCAAAAUUUAAGGUCGAACUAAAAACGAUCCCGACCUUCGUAACGUUCAACGAGUCAAAGUUCAACGUCGAGGUCAAAUCGAUCUACACGCACGGAAAGGGAGUCCAAGGACCCUGCACUGUUUUAGUUAAGCCAACUUACGAGCCUUACUGGGGAUAUUGGAACGAUCCAGAGAAAGAGAAGAACAGACCGCCUCGUUCCAUCUCGAGGACAAAGGAGCUAAACGCUGGAGUUGGCAUGAUCGAAUUUGAUCUUAAAGAAGACCUAAAAAUCAAAGAGGCUGACGCCACAGAGUACGGAAUGGAGUACACGAUAGAAGCAUCUUGUACGGAAACUGCUUCCGGAAAAAUUAUCAACGCUACGAAGACCAUCCACCUGUACAAGUACCCCUGGAAGAUGACCACCGUCAAUCUCCCUGCCAACUACAAGCCUGGUUUUCCACUUAUCUUCUCCAUAAAAGUGGCGCGACAUGACGACACUCCGGUUGGCGAUGAUAACCCGGAAGCCCUCAAAAUUCGCCACGGUUUCGCCUACAAUGUCGAAGAGGGUGUCAUUUUCACAGCCAUCCCGCCCACUGGAUUGGUCACGGUCACUUUCAAUCCUCCCACGAACGACAUGAUAAAUGUGAACGGGGUGGAAGCCACGUACAAAGGGUUGACCCAAUGGCUGGGCAUUCCAUCCAGGCAGAUUUCUCCGACAAAUUCUUACAUGGAGUUGACCCUGCAGAAUCAUAAGAACGUCUUGGAAAAACCACCCCUCCUCGUCGGCGAAACUGCCUCCAUUCUCGUCCGAGUUAAUAAACCGUUCGACUCGUUGAACUGGGUCAUGAUAUCGCGAGGGGUCAUGGUGGCGUGGGAUCGGAUCUCACUGACUGACCCCGUCCAAGAAAAGUUGCUCAGGAUCCCCUGCGAGGCUGGAUCCGACCCUUCCGUGCAUAUCGUGGUGUACACAAUUCUCGGCGAGAGUGACGACGUGAUAGCAGAAUCGCUCAAAAUUGACGUGAAAGGGGUGGAAGACAAAAUGCUCCGCGUGGGGGUUCGAGACUAUACCGAAUUCAACAAAACCGUCGAACCCGGCACGAAUGUGACCUUGUGCUUUGAAAACGUGGGGGAAGGAAGUCUCCUCGCUCUCCGGGGGGUCGACCAGUCCGUCCUCCUCCUCAAAGAGGACAAGGACAUUGAUGGCAACACUGUCAAAGAAAUCGAGCAACAAUACGAAAGCGGGAUGACCUCGAUCCGUUCCUGGGGCGGUUCUGAUAGUUUCCAAGUCUUUGAAAACACCGGAAUCAACAUCAUGUCGAACGCGAUCAUAACGAAGAACGAAUACCCGAUUUAUCGCACCAGAGAAAAUUUGCAAAACACCAUCGCAAAGUAA